AUGGCUUCUCCAGCCGCCGGAACUACGCCCGUGGCGCUGAAUGCGCUGACCGACACGACCGUGACCCUCAUCCAACAGCUCGAGACUGUGCUCUUGGCUAUCAACGGCGGCAAAGACACUCCUCAGCAGACCGAUACCUCCUCCGUCGACACCUUCCCCCUGGCCCGUGAUUCCGCCUCGCUGAUUAAGGCGCACUCAACCAAGAUUUCUGUCCUCAUCAUCAACGAGCCCUUCACGCCCUCUGCUAUUAUCAAAGUCCUACGCGAGCUCGUCAGCGGGCCGAUUCCCGGUGUCGCCACAGCCGCCCAGGCAUGCGACGCGGAACGCUACACCUCGACUGUCCGGAAAGAUCUGUCAUGGAAAUGCUACACUGUAUUGAAGGAGCUCAGGGGGCUGGUGGAAAAGAUCCCUAGGGAUGGCAAGAUUCUUUCGGCGGCGCAAAAGUCGGGCUCCGCGGGAGCUGCGGGCAAGGGCAGCAUGGCCUCCACGGGUGUCAUCUGGUCCGCCUGCGAUGAUUUGAUGCGGUUCUCCAACGGCGGCGUUAGCGGAUGCUUUAUCAAGAGAGUCGAGGAGUUUAGAGCGACGUUGAAGGAUGUCAUGGAGGAACUCAAGGAGUGGGGCGAGGAGGAACCCGACGACGACGAUGACGAUGACGACAACGACACGGACGGCUUGGAUCACGACUCUGCGCUGGGUUCCAUGAUGCCUUCGACCCAAGAGAUGAUUGACGAUAUGAUGUCUGGUCAAGGAACGAUCCCUCGCAACGACCCCGACAAUAUCCGCAAUCGCCUCGAGUCUUGCCUGAAGCGCCUGAGGCUGACCACGCUUCUCUACCAAGCCAUCGUAAAGAGACGGUUGAAGACUCUUCCCUCGCUUCCUGCUGAGAACUCCAAUGUUCCUAAGCGGCUCGACGAGGCGAUGCGCAUUCUCAGGAAGUUGCCUCACAUGUUUGACGAGCUCGCUGGCGCAUUUUACGAGCUGUCACCUGACGAGAUUGACCGGGUCAUGGAUCUCUGCUUCAACGAGAUCGUUGCCCUUUCUGAGUUGCUGAAGUCACCAUGGGCCGGGGAGAAAGACGAGUUUUCCGAGUGGGCGGUGAAGUUCCAAGCCGAGAUCAAGAAGGGCUGA